GGAGGAGGUCGUUUACGGAUCUCCCUACGUCCAUUCAUGGCUGGAAGGCUAAGUUCGUAUUUGUCACUUUGGGCCGAGGCGGGUUCUUUCCUUCAAAUGGGCACAGUGGCAUGUUCCAGUUGCAUUCUCCCCCGUGGAGUGCUGAAAUAAGCAACCAAGUAGAGGCCUUCAUCAAAGGGGGGCCGAGGAGCAUCAAGACGUAUGUUACGGAGUACAGGAUGGCUGCCCUCGGCUUCGUGCGGUAUUAUUGCCCCGGGGAUGUGGACGAUGACCUCUGGCCGAAGAUGGAUGGGUCUUAUGAGCAGGCCGACGGGCCCCGCCUUGGUGUGCCAUCCGAAGCCGAAGGUUUCGAGAUGGAUCGUAUAUCUUUUAUGGCCCGUGCCGCUAGGAAGGCCGAUGCGGAGCUCAAGGCCGCCCAGGCUGCUGAGGCAGCGAAGAAGUCUGCUGGCAGCUCUCAAGGAGGUGUUGAAGCUGCUAAAAAACCUGUUGCUAAGAAGGGCAGGAGGGCUGCCGAUGAGGGGCAGAAGACCCUGGCCGAAGCGGGGCUGAAGCCGAGCCAUGCUUCGAAGAAGACGAAGAGGGCUCCAACGACUGAUGAGGCCGGCGCCCCUUCUUCUCAGGUUGUAGCGGAUGUUCAGCCGCCGGUGCUCCCUCCCGUGAAUGAUCUGCCCUCCUCGGCCAUGGUGGCCUCGGCUUCUCGUGUGCUUCCCUCUACGGCCGCUGCUGCCCGUCUGGAGGAGGCUCUGGCCA